GAGGUGUCCCUGGGCUCAGGGGGUUUGAAGGGCCGGGCUCAGGGGGUGCUGCCCCCCAUGCCCGCUGACAGGGCUGCCCGCAGGGUUCCUGGCUGUGAGGCUCCGCGGGCGCUGGCAGCGCCUGUGGUGUGCAGUCCGGCACGGAGCCCUGCGCAUGUUCCCGGAGCCCGGCGCUGCCCAGCGCCCCGUCUGUGCCCUGCGCCUGGACGGCUGCGAGGUGUCCCCGGGGGCGGCCGCCGGCUCCCCCCAAAACCUCCGGAUCCGCAUCGCCCAGCGCGGCCGGGAGCUCGCCCUGCUGCAGGCCCAUUCGGAUGAGGAGAGAGAAGCUUGGCUGAAGACCCUGCAGGCCAGGGGAGGAGGAUUGGAGCCAAAGAAGGGUGACGGCCCCCCCCCGAGACCCCCAAGGCCGAGCAGCCGCCCUGCUGCUGGGGGGCUGCUGCUGCGCCGUGUCCCGACCCCCAACACCUACAUGGACGAUCCCUUUGGGCAGCCCCCACCAGCUGAGACCCCCAAACAGCUCUACUCCAACGCCGAGCGACUGCAGCAGCUGGUAACCUCUGCUGCUGCUCUGUGCCCCCCACUCGAGACCCUCAGCGUGGGGGGAUCCACUCUCACUGUCCCCUCACCCUCGGGCCUCACCACCCGCUUGUCCACGGGCAUCUCCCGGCCUUCCUCCGCAGCAGCAGAGCCUGGACCGGGCAGCGCAAGGGCAGCGCCGGAGGCCGGUGUCAGCCCUGCCCUCCUGCGGCCACGCCCCGGGCCCUGCCCGGCCCCCGCAGCCAGGGCCACCGGCAGCUCUCCGGGCCCGGCCUGCCAGCGCCCAGCUGCCAAAGGACAGCGCCAAGCUCCCGAGCGAGGAUUGCUCCGUGUCCCAGCACACCCUGACACUGCCCGGGAGGAAGGGGCCGUGGGAUGGGCUCGGGAAAAGAGCUUUUCCCAAGCUGGAGGAGAAGGUGGGACAGCUGGAGAAGGGAUGCCCUGGGAAGGGCAGGAUGAAAGCCGGCUCCGAGAUGAACUUGCUGGCCCUCGGGAGGUCACUCAAGGGCCACAUCACCUCCAGCUCGGCCGGCUCCGAGGUGGGCGAGCCCGGAGAAGGGCUGAAAUGCAGGGAGAGCGAGGUUUGGAGGGCACCCCCCAGCCUUUCCCCGCUGCUUUACCCGCAGGGAUCGUUCCUCAGGCCGCUGCUGAAGCGCAGCACGUCAGCGAGGAGCGCCCUGAGGCCGCCCCCGUCCCCGCUCAUGGCGGGGAAAGGAAAUGUGAUGAGGAAGACAAAGGAGUGGGAGAUGAAAUCCGCGAUGUGAGCACGGAGCGGGAGUCUCCCAGAGAACAUCGGGCCGCACGUGGAUCGUGCAGGACCAGCCUGGAAUCAGCCUGGAAUUUGACUUUUAUCCAUCACUAUCAAUGCUACAACUACGCACAUCUAUUUUUAUAUCCAGAUAUAUCGAUACACACAUAUCAGCUCUCCAGCCGUGGGCUGUCCCCACUGCAUACCCACCCAUCCCAGCAGCUCAUUUUUGGGGUACAGAAUUCUCGGGUAAUUCAGGAACUGCUGGCUCUGUCCCAAAUCCAUCAGCAGUUCCCCAAUCCCCCUCCCAGGACCCCAAUUUGCAGGGAUGGGUGUGGAUAAACUCUGGAUCCAGCAGGAGUGGGGGGCAGAGAUUUGGGAGGCAUCUGAUUGUCCAUUCCCUGGAGUCAGCGGGACCCGGGCUGGGCCCUGGGCUUUUCCAGCAGCGGAGCUUGGCAGGGCUUGGUUUGAAUUGGAGAAAUGUUAUUUUUUUUAAGGAUUAAAAAAGAAAUUGUCAUAAAA